UAUUUCACUUGGUUAUUAUAGUGGGUGGGGGGAUCUGCUCACAAAAAGAACCGGCCUUGCCAUGUAGGUCUUCUCUAUCAACAAAAAAAAGAAGAAGCCACCAUAGGGUAGACCGAGAGAAAAAGAAGGGGAAAAAAAGCUUAGAGAGAGUGGGAAAAAAAAAUGGAGUUUGAUGAGCACGAAGACCAAGAAGAAGAAAUGACGGGGAUGGCGGUGAUGCCACCGGGUUAUGACUCAAUUAGCAACUCAGCUACUGCUCGGUCAAAAAUGGGUCCUACAGGUGGCGGAGGAGAAGGUGCUUCAACAACAGCAGCAAACACAAACACAAGAAAAUCCUCAAUCAGAUACAGAGAGUGUCAAAAAAACCAUGCUGUGGGAAUCGGUGGACACGCACUUGAUGGUUGUGGCGAAUUCAUGGCCGCAGGUGAAGAAGGUACUUUGGAUGCACUUAAAUGUGCUGCGUGUAAUUGCCACCGUAAUUUCCACCGCAAAGAGACUGAUGGUGGAGGUGGAGGAGAAGUAAUAUUAUACCAUGGCCAUCACCACCAGCAACAACCACAAUUCCCUCCUUAUUAUCGUGCUCCACCACCGGCUGGGUACCUUCAUCACUUGACACCAACUCCGCAGCCAAGGCCUUUAGCCUUGCCGGCUGCGUCUGGUGGUGGGUAUAGUAGGGAAGAGGAGGAUGUGUCUAAUCCGAGCAGUAGCGGUGGUGGAGGAGGAGGAGGCGGUAGUAGUUCGAAGAAGAGGUUUAGGACAAAGUUUUCGCAGGAGCAGAAAGAAAAGAUGGUGGCUUUCGCGGAGAGGCUUGGUUGGAGAAUCCAGAAACAUGAUGAGGCUGCGGUGGAGCAGUUUUGUGCGGAGAAUGGUGUGAAGCGGCAUGUGCUCAAGGUCUGGAUGCAUAAUAACAAGCACACUAUUGAAAUUGGUGACUAGCUACUUAUUGGUGCCAUGGCGAUAGAGAGUAGACACCAGUAGUGCAAUCUGGAAAGGGAAUCUCGGAAAGUUGGGAUGUCAAUUUAACUAGGGUUCUUACCUAGUGGCGUUUUUUUUUUCCUUUGCUUUUGUUUAGUUUCUUCUCUCUGUCACUGUAGGAUGAAUGGUGAUCAUCAUCAUGACUGUUAUUCUGAAUACGUUGUUGAUGAUGGGCCAUUGCUCAAAUCAUCAGCAUCUUCUAACCGUAGUUUCUUUCUUUAAUUUUUAAGCUUAAUUAUGAGAAACCUAGCUAGUUAGUUUUUAAUUUAAAUGGCUAGCUGUUUUCCUUGAA